AUGGCAGGGAAGCAAGUCAAAUCUGAUGAUGACAAGUUCCAAACCAACAAGAUAAUUUACGGUGACAAUGAUCGGAUAAGUCAUUUGCCCGAUGACAUUCUCGUUGAUCUACUAUCUUUAUUGUCGCUCAAGGAAGCUGUAUGCACUAGUGUUCUCUCAUCUCGUUGGCAUAACUUGUGGAAACAUACAUACAGUCUCAACUUUGAUCCACACGAUUCUUUACAAAAAGAGGAAAAGUACGUGAAAUGGGUGAAUUCCGUCAUCAGAAAACACAAAGCAGCCAUCUUGAAAGAUUUCGUAAUCCGUCUAAGGUUGAGCAGAACAUUCCAGAAGGAUGUUAACCGAUGGAUUGAAUUUGCAUUUGCGAGGCACGUGCAGAGGUUAGAGUUGGAUCUUAGCAAAUCGAGCCUUGUUAAUUGUUCUUUACCCCAAGAGUUGCUCACUCAAAAUACUAGUUCCGAAAUUGACUUCAAGCCCCUCAAAGUAUUGUGUUUGAAAUCUGUUGAUGUGACGGAGGAAGAUAUUAAGUUUUUGCUAAGUAACUGCCCCUUGCUCGAAGAAUUGGUUGUCGAUCGCUCGUUGAAAUUAUUAAACAUUGAAGCUUGUGGUAGUCCAAUCCUUGCUUUAAAACAUUUGAAGUUAACCCGCUGCUACAAUUUGAAAUCCGUUAUGGUUUCCGCCCCGAAUCUCACCUCACUUACUCUUCAGAAAGUAGAAAAUCUCUUGCUUGAGAAUGUUCCGAUGCUUGUUGAGGUGUCCGUUUGUCAUGUAUAUUUUCAAGUUUCUCUCAAAGACAUGCUUUCUGCAUUUUCUUGCUACGUUUUCCAAUUGGAGAUUCUUACGCUGGAGGUGACAUUAGAUGAGGAAAUUCUUCCCUCCGCCAUUCUUCAACUGCCUAAAUUGAAGAAGUUGGUGGUGGUCAUAAGAAAGCAAGCGACUUAUCGUCCAAAUAUUUACGCAAGUAUUACGGGACUCACCCAUUUGCUAAUGGCAUCUCCCCACUUGCAAGAAUUUGUUUUAAAGUUACAGCGGUUGGAUCCGUCGAUUUUUGUUAUUACGAGAGUGAAGUAUAUUGCGAGUUUUUCCCACCAGCAUCUUAAAGUGCGGCGCGAUUCGCCGAAGGAAGCAUAUUGGAUCGCCGGCGGUGGACUCCGCCGCGUAGACAUGAGCCGGAAUUUGGUAUUUUCCGGCGACGGUGGUGGACUGGGUGUUGAUUGGCUGUAA